CGGCUCUCCUGCCUAUAAGGAGCACCGCCUGGUUGCUUCCUCUUCGUAUCAGCAGCCCACACCGAGCUCGUCAGCUUCUCUCACCCACAUCAGAGCUUCGAGAUGGCGACCAGCUCGGGGAGCUCGUGCUGGACCGCGAAGCAGAACAAGAUGUUCGAGAAAGCCCUCGCGGUGUUCGACAAGGACACGCCCGACCGCUGGCACAACGUGGCGCGCGCCGUCGGCGGCAAGUCAGCGGAAGAAGUGAAGCGGCACUACGAGCUGCUGGUGGCGGACAUUAUCCUCAUCGAGAAGGGCCAGAUGCCUCGAGCCAAUUACCGCUCCUCCUGCCACAGGGGAUGAAGCGUCGACUGGAUCAAAAGUGUAGAAACGGGCAGCAGUCUACUCUGGAUGAUCAAUUACAAGAAACAGAUACAUACAUAUAUGUGAUGAAGUAUCAGACAUCCCUGCUCUAAGUAGUGUUCUGUUCUCUUGUCCUCCCUUCGAUUAUAUGUUGUAUUUAAAAUGCAGGCAGCCAAGAAGACAUGUCCUGUUCUCUGUAAAUUUACCUACUGGAAGCACAAUAUAAUCCUGUUUGGCAACAAUGCA